AGACUUCCGCUCCACUGAGGGAUUUAAGACAAAACGGACCUUGAACGCUGGUAUUUACAGGCUAUGACUCCCAGGUAAACAGUCCGUCUGUUUCAAUAUCUUGAGUGUUCUCCGUUUGAUUUUGUUUCAAACUAAUACAUUACCCCACUGCUGCAAAGUGGAGCGAGAUGCGUGGGCCAUAUAAAAGUAAGGAGAACUCGGGCAGUGAAUGCAUCCAUACUUUUGAGGGGAAACGGGACAUUGGAAACGGGCUGUUUAGGAGUUACGACUCACCUAUGCCAGGAGAACCUGCCAGCUACUCGGAGGGGCCAAAUUCCCCUACUGGAGGUAUCCUGACAAGUUUGGACGACGGCCAUGAGAAUGGGCCUUCGACACUGGACUAUUCUUUGACAGGUCAGCACAAUUUAGUGACUGUCUUCCUUGUAUAAUCAAAUGUCAUUAUCUAACCAAAUAUGAUAAUUUAAGAAGUUGACGUCCAUAAAUGUUUUAUCACAACCUUACUGAAAGUGAGAAUGACCACUUCAGUGCGUCAAUUUGUGUUGAGUAGUCUACAUUUAGACUAAAGGUGCAAUACAUAAGCUUUCUAGUAACACUUUACACCAACCUGGUCUCAGAGAAUUUCGUAUUAUUCUGUACGAAACCCAAGACGGUCCAUUUAGUAUGGUAUGUAUAAUUUGUGGAUGUCCAUCAUCAAUUUCGUAUGAUAUGUUACGAAUUACAAUUCGUAUUAUAUGUUAGCAACUUUGCGCAAAACAUACAAAAUAUUAAGAAUUUCCAAACCGUACAAUACAUUAAGAAUUUGCAAGAUAUAUGAUAUGUUAUGAAUUCCAAUUUGUUGUGGCUAACUUUAGCUAGGUGGCUAGGUGUCUAAUGCUAACGUUAGCUAGCUGGCUAACGUUAGCUAGGCUAGGGGUUAGGGUUAAGGUUAGGAUUAAGGUUAGGAGUUAGGUUAAAGGGUUAAGGUUAGGGUUAGCUAAAAUGUUUAAGGUUAGGGAAGGGCUAGCUAACAUGCUAAGUAGUUGCAAAGUAUCUAAAAAAAGUAUUUUAAAAGUUGCUAUUUAGCUAAAAUGCAAAAGUCUUUGGGUUGCUAGACGUUUGCGUUAUACCCCCACCCAUUCACCCUCCUUUCAUUUUUGCGUCAAGUAACCAACUGUCUUAUGUAACCAUACCAUACCAAACAUAACAUAGCAUAAUCAUUUGAGUGUCCCGGAAACAAGUUUACUAUGUUUCGUCUAGUCUGAGACCAGGCUGCACAUCCAGGUAUAAUGCUUUAUAACUUGUUAUAAGCAUGUAUGAGCCUUUAUAUUGUCUUACAACAAGCAAGGCUCAUACUGUUGAUUGUUCAUAUACUGUACUGUGCAAUCUAUAUGGUUCAUACAGUACAUGUGGUUAAUAUUUUUAAAUUACAUUAAGUCAUAUUUUAGGCCUUACUAUUUGGAAUGAGUGAUACAUUUUAGGAUAAUCUGAUCAUCAGUUAUCACAUUUCUUUUUAGGCUAUCUGUCUGAAUUCACAAAUAAAUUGCAUUCUGUUGCAACAUGGUUUUAUUCAUCAGGUCCAAAACGCUCCAACUAUGACGGUGAGAAAAGGUACCUGGGAGUCAGGGUCAAAAUGCCUGUGAGAGACAUGCUUAAUAACAUUCGCAUAGCGAAAGGAAUGGACCCAAAAAAUAUCCAGGUAUGACAUACUGUAUAUUCACUGUGGCUAAAUUGCUUGGAAGAUAAUUUCCACAUUCCCCAGUCCGAUGUUUUGACAUAUUCACAAUUGAUCCUUUACGUCUUUCUACAGGGAAACAGCGGCAAGGCAUUGAAAGGUUAGAAAAAAACUCCUCAAAAUUCUAUUACGCUUAUGUUGUUGGCCUAUAACCAAGAUUGAACACUUCUGGCAGUCUCGUCAAAAGUGUGUCUUGUUCUGCUCCAGAAUUAGGGUUGUUUACCUUUUGCAAACAGAGUCAUUUUAUUUAUAAUUUUUUUAUUUCACCUAUAUUUAACCAGGUAAGCCAGUUGAGAACAAGUUCUCAUUUACAACUGCGACCUGGCCAAGAUAAAGCAAAGCAGUGCGAUAAAAACAGCAACAACACCGAGUUACAUAUGGAAUAAACAAAACGUACAGUCAAUAACACAAUAGAAAAUCUAUAUACAAUGUGUGCAAAUGUAGUAAGUUAUGGAGGUAAGGCAAUAAAUAGGCCAUAGUGCAAAAUAAUUACAAUUUAGUAUUAACACUGGAGUGAUAGAUGUGCAGAAGAUGAUGUGCAAAUAGAGAUACUGGGGUGCAAAUAAGCAAAAUAAAUAACAAUAUGGGGAUGAGGUAGUUGGGUGGGCUAAUUACAGAUGGGCUGUGUACAGGUGCAGUGAUCAGUAAGCUGCUCUGACAACUGAUGCUUAAAGUUAGUGAGGGAGAUAAGAGUCAUAAAGUGUUUGGCAAUGGGUGAGGCUGAUCACACGCUGUUCACACUCAUAAAAUGUAGUCAAGACUUUACUUAAAGCCUAUGGAUAUAAUGCAGAAUAAUGUACACAUAAAGUAUUAGUAAGACAUAUGCAUAUUUUACAUCUUAGUAUUGUUUGAUAAUAAUACAGUAUAUCACAGCCAUUUUGAAAAGGAGACUUGUAGGGUACAGAUAACUAACAAUACAAGUUCAAACGUGUUAUUGAAUUUCAUCAUUACAUUAUGAACAUAAAUAACACUGAAAACUGUCACAACAACAAUUAUGUGUUAUUACACAAGCAUUUAUGUUGUGGGUAAGGGCAUGCAACAGCAAAGAUACUGUCAACUUCAUGAAACCUGCUAUCAAAAUUCCUUAUUAUAUUCUUCACAGGAGAGAAGAAACGGGUAAAUAGAGAUCGCAGAAGUAGCAAGGUGAGUGAUUUACAGGACAGUCAAUUAAUAGGCCUACAUGUCUUUUCAUAAUUUCACCAGGUGUGCCUUGCUCUAACUUGGACGGCUCAGCACUCAACACUGCAUACUUAAUAUGUGUGCCCACUGUGUUUCAGAGAAAACAACCUACAAAGAGCCUGGAGGAACUCGCCAUAAUAGUAGAGGUAUUGGAGGAGGAUCUCAAAGCCAGCAAGCCAUACAGCCAGUCUAACAAGUCUGAGUCACCCGAUUACAGCCCAGAGCCCAACGAGCAACCAUGGAAUAUUCCAGAGCCACUCCAACAUAGCCACUCAAUGAAGUUCAGUCAGGAAAACAAGAUGCCACAACAAGCCACAAACUACUGUAUGUCAGAGCUCAACCUAUCCCGCUCUGCAGACAAACACAACACUAGUGCCCCUCCACUGAACUCCCAAAGAGGGUAUAUCAACGACGAAUCUGACAAUAUGAUGCCCAGUCCAGAUUCAUAUAUGUCUUACUCCCCAAGCAGCACCAGUGAAUGUCAAGUGCCAUCUCCCCAAGAUUCGGUCUUUGCUAGCCCCCUGUCCUCCAGCUAUGAGUUAGGUCAGGAUGGAGGUAGUGACUGCCAGGAUAGCUUUAGCCCCCAGUGUCAGGAUAGCUUUAGCCCCCAGUGCCAGGAUAGCUUUAGCCCCCAGUGCCAGGAUAGCUUUAGCCCCCAGUGCCAGGGUAGCUUUAGCCCCCAGUGCCAGGAUAGCUUUAGCCCCCAGUGCCAUAAUAGCUUUAGCCCCCAGUGCCAGGAUAGCUUUAGCCAACAUUGGCUCAGCUACAUGGGCCAGGAUUGGAACAGCGUAGCAUACUUCUGGACCCAGCUCCAGAGGGAGGAGAGCUUACUGACGGGGGUCUCUGACACAGAGCUUCUGGCCACAGACAAGAACGGAAGGACGUAA